UGCAAAGGAUCCUCUGCGUUUCACUGUUUUUCGUCUGGUCCAGCAGAAGUCGGUGAGAGAUGAACGAUGGCGUCUGUUUUAGAACUGCUUUAUGAAACGCUGGAUGACCUGGAGGAAGACAAGCUGAAGAGAUUCAAAAGCAUCCUGAGACAUGAUGGACCAAUUCCAGCUUCUAAACUAGAAAAGGCCGAUGUCACAGACACGGUGGAUAAAAUGUUGGAGUGUUUUGGAUCGGAAGGAGCUGUGAAGAUCACAAUAAACAUCCUGAGAAAGAUAAACCAAAAUCAGUUGGCUGAACAGUUGGAGAUGAAGCACUCAGAAGUGAUUCAGAGAGACCAUUUCAAGCCCGUAGAGAAGCAAACAGAGGAUUCUGCACUGAAUGAAUUUUUGAAAAGGCACAGAACAAACAUGAAAGAAAAAGCAGAACAUAUUUUCGAGGGCAAAAAGGAAAACGAAGCCCUUCUCAAGGAUGUUUACACCGAGCUCUUUAUCACAGAGGGAGAUGUUGAAAGAGUCAAUGAAGAACAUGAGAUACUGAAGAUCGACGAUGCCAUCAAGAGCCCGAAAUCAGAGGAAAGGUCGAUCAGCUGCACUGAAAUAUUUCAUUUACUUCAGAAAAAUAAUAAGAAAAAGAUCAUUCUGACCAAAGGCAUCGCUGGCAUUGGAAAAACCGUGUCCGUGCAUAAGUUCAUCUUGGACUGGGCGGAAGGGAAAUCCAAUCAGGAUAUAUCCUGCAUGUUCCUGCUGCCGUUUCGAGAGAUUAACUUUGUCAAAGAUAAAGAAUUCAAUCUCCACGAGUUUCUUCUGGUGUUUUAUCCUGAACUGAAAGAAGUCGAUAAAGCAAAGUUAUAUAAGAGUUGUAAUCUUGCGUUUAUCUUCGAUGGACUCGAUGAGAGUCGCUUGCCUUUACAUUUCGAAAGCGGAAUACUGUCGAGUAUCGAGGAAAGAUCGACCGUUGAUGAACUGUUUACAAAUCUGGUCAGGGGGAAUCUGCUUCCGUCAGCCCUCGUCUGGGUCACCUCCCGUCCGGCGGCGGCCAAUCAGAUCCCUCCCGAGUUUGUAGGUUUGUACACGGAGGUGCGAGGAUUCACCGACAAACAGAAGGAGGAGUAUUUCAGGAAGAGAUUUAAAGAUGAGGCUCAGGCCUCCGACGUCAUCGUGCGCAUCAAGACGUCUCGUAGUCUAUAUAUCAUGUGCUACAUUCCUGUGUUCUGUUGGAUCACGGCCACCGUUCUUCAGGAGACUCUCAUCAAGAACGACACGAGUGAUGUCAACACGACGCUCACCGAAAUGUACGUUCACUUCCUGCUAAUACAGAUGAAUAUGAAGAACCGUAAGUAUGACCGAAAAUCUGAGAGAGUUCGUACAAAGCUCUUAGAAUCAAAUAAAGCCAUGAUUUUGAAGUUAGCUAAGCUAGCGUUCCAGCAGCUAAAGAAGAAAAACACAAUUUUUUAUGAGGAAGAACUGAGGGAAUGUAGGAUUGAUGUGAACAAAGAUUCAGAGGGCACGGGAAUGCUCACCGAGAUCUUUAAGAUGGAAGCCGGACUUCACGAGAUGAAGGUCUUCUGCUUUGUGCAUCUGAGCGUUCAAGAGUUUUUGGCCGCGCUGCACGUCUUCCACUGCUAUCUGAACAAGAACAUGAAAAAGCUUCGUUUUUUUUUCAACGUGAUAAGAGGUCCAGUGCAAAACAUUACAUUGCAUGACUUUCUGACGGAGGUGGUUCACAAAACCGUUCGGAGCAAGACGGGACAUUUCGAUCUGUUUUUGCGAUUUCUGUUAGGGAUUUCACUGGAAUCCAAUCAGAAGCUGCUAAAAGGAUUGUUGACGCACACCGAAGACAGCACAGAAUGCGUUGUGAAAACAACAGACUACAUUAAAAAACAAGUCCACGGUAAGGACAUCUCAGCUGAAGUCUCAGUCAAUCUGUUUUACUGCUUACUGGAGCUCAAAGACAGUUCAUUAUGGACGGACAUUCACAGAUAUCUAAACUCAGAAGCUCAUCCGGGCGGAUACGUGCCAUCUUCCAUAUGUUCGGUGCUGGUGUAUGUGCUGCUGAUGUCAGAGAAAGCCUUGGAUGAGUUUGAUGCGAAGAUGUACAACACGUCAGACUACAAAAGACUCGUCCCGGCUGUGAGAUGCUGCGUAAAAGCCCAGUUUGGCAGGUGUGGUCUGGAUGAAGCAUGCUGUGAAAUUGUGUCUUCGGCUCUACAGUCACCCAACUGUCCGCUGAUAGAGCUGGACUUGAGUGAUAAUGACCUGAAGGAUUCAGGAGUGAUGCUGAUCUCUGAUGCUCUCAAGAGUUCACACUGUCAACUAAAGAUACUGAGAUUGGCGAUGUGUGGUCUCAGUGCUGAGUGCUGUGAAAGUUUGGCUUCGGCUCUCGGAUCACCAAACUGUUCACUUAGAGAUCUGGAGCUGAGUAACAAUGACCUGCAGGAUUCAGGAGUAAAACUCAUCUCUGAUGGACUGAAGAGUUCACAUUGUCAACUGGAGAUACUGAGAUUAUCUGGCUGUAUGGUGACAGAGGAAGGUUGUUUUUUUCUGGAUUCAGCUCUGAAUUCAAACCCUUCACAUUUGAGAGAGUUGGAUCUGAGCUACAAUCAUCCGGGAUAUUUAGGAGUCCAGCGGCUUUUUGAUAAACUGAACGAUCCAAACUACAAACUGGAGAUAUUGAAUGUGGAUAACGGGGGAGAGUUCAGGAUAACAACAGGACUACACAAAUAUGCCAUUAAUCUCACACUGGAUCCAAACACGGCCCACCCUAAUCUCGCUCUGUCCGAAGGAAACACAAAAGUGACCAACACGAGACUGCAGCAGUCUUACCCUGAUCAUCCCGAGAGAUUUGAUAAACUUCCUCAGAUUCUGUGUAGAGAGAGUCUGACCGGACGCUGUUACUGGGAGGCUGAAUGGUGCGGUUGGAGGCGGACUGAAAUAUCUGUCACGUAUAAGGGAAUCGAGAGGAAAGGCUGGACUGACGACUGUGAGUUGGGACACAAUGAAAAGUCCUGGAGUUUGCACUGGUCUGUUAAUAAUAGAUUCAGUGUCCGCCAUAAUAAAAAAGAAAAAGUCAUUAGACGGCCAAAAUACAGCAGUAAAAGAGUAGGUGUGUAUCUGGACUGGACGGCCGGUAUUCUGUCCUUUUACAGCGUCUCUAAACCGCAUGAGAUCACACACUUACACACAUUCAAAAACACAUUCACUGAACCUCUGUAUGCUGCAUUCAGAGUUUUUACUGGCCACUCGGUGUCACUGCGUCACAUAACACUACAAGAAUAACACAGACAGACACAUGUUUCUUUGUUGUGUUAUUUUGGGGGACUUGCAUGGUGUUAUUCAGUUUAAUUCAUACUUAUCGUAUUUCUAUUGCGCUUUCCACAAGUUUGCAUUGUUGCAGCUGUACAGAAAACACAUUGUGAAACAAACAGACAACAAAUAAUAAUGUAGUAGUAUAUAGGGAUAAGGGACAAAACACACUGUAUAUUAAUUAAAAGGAGUUCAAUAGAGGUUAUGCAUGGACGUCACUUUACCACGUGAACAUGCAGGAGCACGCCCCUUUAAGGAAGAAUGAGUGGCAAAAUAUAUAAAAAAAAAUGUCUGGGUACCACCUAUAGAGCGGGAGGGUAAAGCUCACUUCUAACGGUGCGUUCACACCAGAAGCGAAUAAAUCACGCACGUAGUUGGACGCUUGAACAUUUUGAGUUAAUUCGCGUGUGAAAUUUGCGUCAUUUGUGCGUGAAAUUCAGAAGUGAGUACGCUCAAUUUGCCGGCUUUAGCUAGCUUGUAGUCUCAAUAUGAAUAUAUAGCUCAAAUUGAGUAAAGAGCCAGGUUGUCCAAACUCCUUACUCAUUUUCUUCCAAUCAAGAUCCUUUUUAUUCCUGUUUCUAUAAAAAUAGGAAGAUGUGUCAUACAACUCAAGAUGUCCUCAUACAGCGACAAUGAUUUUGUCCUCCAUUGUUGUUUCAGUUUUCUGCUGCAGCUCGCUACAUCAUAAUCACGUCAGUACUAGAGCAAGCUCCUGAUUGGUUAAUGCGACAGGAAUAUCUGUCAAAGUUCAGAUUUUUCAACUCACCCAAAACGUUCAAUUUGUGUCCUUCUUGCCGCCUCGUUCGCGCCAUCGGAUGUCUAUCGCGUCUUUGUGUUGACUUAACAUGUAAAUCACUCAUGCUUAACGCUUCAUUCACGUCUGAUGUGAACACACCAUUAUUGGGAAACGCUAACCCCUUGAUCACUUGGGUAAAGUAAGUGCAAAUACCGCAGGUGUGUUCCCCAAGCACCCCAAGAUCAAUUUGAAAACUGCCUGCACCGGGUGCGUUGCUGUUGUGACAUCACAAUCAAGGUGCAUUGUGGUCUAUGGAGCAGUCUGAAUGGGACAAGGAUCUGUUCAAAUAAACUUCCCUCGUCCAUUUCACUGUUAGGUGGCACUGAGUGGCUGGUUUGCCGACCGCCCCCAAAUACCACAACAAGAAAGUCGUGUUUAUGUUUGGCAGAGGCUCUGCACUAACACUCAGGGGUCAUGGAAUUUCUGGAAUAUCAUGGAAUUUAAAAGGUCUUUUCCAGACAUUGAAAGUCAGGGAUUUUUUGUCCAAGUCAUGGAAUAUCAGGGAUUUUUGUUUGUUGCUUUUUUAGUUUCAAUUUAUCAGAAUGUAAUCCGUUUGUUAACUUGUUACGUAAUGAAAAACUAUUUUGCAACUGUUUACUGUCUUGUCCAAAGAAGUUGAUUUUUUUUUUUUAGGUUUUUGCAAAAAGCUUACAUGCACUUAGAGGGUUUUGCAGCUAAAAAUUUGUUAAAUACCAAUAAAAUGACUAAAGUGACACAUUUGUGAGUUAUUGCAGUUACUGACUAAUAAACCUUUUUAUUUCCAUUAAAGUGAAAAUACUAAAACUAAACAUAAAAGCCAUGAUACAAAAUGAAAAUAUGUCAGAAGCACUUAAAGGACUUUGCAUCUGAACACCUCAUGUAAAUUAAAACCAUACAAACAAUCUGAUGUUAAGGUGAGAUUUGUCAUCUAAAAAAGAAGAAUCUAGUAUUUAAACUAGAAAUGAUGUGUGUAGUUAAUUGGUAUGACUGAUUUUAUAAUAUGAAUAUGAAUGGAUGACACUCCCUUUGUUUCUUGUAGAGUCGACUAAUAAAGUAUCUGAUCUGAGUCAUUAGGAAAGCAAAGAUAUCGGUGGUUGUAUUUUAAUGAAGUGAUCUUUUAAGGGAUUGAAUGUUCUGCUACAGUAAAACCUAAUAGUCCCUGUAUUGGGCUGAAAGAUUUUUCAUUUUGACAUUAACACAGAAAGGAUGGGUAAUGAUCUGAACUGAGAGGUGUUUGAAAUUGAAUCUUUGUAAAGUGCAUCUUAAUUAGGUGUGGAAAUGUGUUUUUUUAUUUCUUUCAUUAAGACUAUAGUCUUUAAAGUCACAGUAAUGUCUUUUUAUAUAACUUAAAAUCCUGUGUUUCUCUCCUCUGUGACAUCUCUUGUUGUAUGUUUGAUGACAUUGUAUUGAUUUCCCUUUUUGAAUGUUUCUUAAAAUUAUACUUUUUUCAGACCUUUUCUUUAAGCUUCAAUCUUUCUCAGCAAAUAUCUC